UUACCAGAGAAAGUCAAGGAUGACGUUCAGCUCAAGAACAUGAGUGGGCAGUGGUUUUAUGAAGCCAAGUCCAAGAGGCACAGAGACAAGAUACAUGGAGCAGAUAUUAUCAGAGCUUCCAUGCGCUGGAAGCCUGCCCCUCCUGCUGAAGUGAGUCAGAACAGAGCAAACAAAGCAAGGAACAGCUGGGUGAGCAAUGUUAAUAAAGAAGUCUUUGUGCCACCAGAACUCCAUGGCAUUGUGGAACACCAAGAAGAAGAGGCGCAACUGAAAUCCAGUGCAAGUUCUAAAACAAUAAGCUCUGUGUUGGACAAACCAGAGGAAAGACCUAGGAAGGCAGCAGUCUUAUCAGUAAAGCAAAGGAGAAAUCCAUUUAAUUCCACUGCACCAGGUGAUAACUUGCACAGUGGGGAAUCAGAAAACAGACCAGCCACUCUACCUCAGCUAUCAAAGAAGGAAAUUCUGCCACCCUUAGAAGACAGCCAACCUACACUCAACUUACACGACGAUGAAACAGAGAAACACAAUCAGCCUCCUGUGGAACCUCCUGAUGAAUCAUGGAAAGCAGUGAAGCGUCCUGUCCCAAAAGCCAGGAAACUAAUUCACAAAGCACCAGAUCCUGUGUCACAAAGAGAAGACUUUGCUCCAAAAGCAGCCAAACAGACUGAGAGGAUGAAUGGCAUCAGCACACCGCCCAGGGGCAUUCUGAAACGCAGCUCAAGCUCCAGUUCCACUGACUCAGAAGUUCGUGUUAGUCAGGUGUUAGAUGUUCAGAAAAAGAAUGGUCUUCCUACUGCAACUAUAUUUGAAGGAGAAGCUGAGAAUUCCCUUAGGGAAGAAGCAGAAGAGUCCACACAAAUUUCACUGGAAAAACUGAAACAAGUGAGGUUCUCAUCUGGCACAGGUAAAGGAGAACCUCUGCAAAGCCCACAGCCACACCAUGGUAGAGAAACAGGAGAGUUUGGUUUGUUAGACUCUGAUGAAAUGAAGAGUGGUGGAAGUGAUGCUAUUAGAUCAGAUUCAUCUGGGAAUAAGCAAAUUUCUGCUGAAAAUCCUUUGGGAACCUAUUCAUCGGCUUUACAAAUAAACCCAGUAGAUGGCUUACAAGAAGACACAUCAGCAUCCAGCCUUUGUGACACUAAUAGGCCACUCUUCCUGGUUAACGAAACCUUGCAGAAAAAGACUGUCGCUCCUAAGAAACUUGAAACUCCACAGAAGAGCUCCAGCAAUAUCCUGCCAAAUAGCGAUAAUGAACUGAGUGUUGAUGAGACAUGUGAAAAUAAACCCAACCAGAUCUUGAGCCAUGAAUCGAAGUCACACAAAGACUUUACUGAUGAACAUCAGCUUUCUGCUAAGACAGAAGCACAUGAGGUGUCAAAUACCAAUUCUACAAGUCUUCAACAAGGUUCAGAAGAAGAACUAAACCCUGUUUUGCUGGCUUUGAAAAGGAGUGCAGAUAGGAAAAUGCCUUCCAAAAGUCUAGAGGACAUUCCAUCAGCCACCUCAAAUAAAGGAAAAAUAACUAAUCCAAAGGAAGAAUUAGCUCUUAGUGCUGAAGAUGGUCCGAAACCUGGUCAGCAUCAAGAGAGGAAUGAAAAUGCCACCGGAAUUUCCACAGUGCCUUCACAGCCUGACAAGCUGUCUUCCAAUCCUGAAAAACUCAAAGGGCUGAGCAAGUCAGUACCAUCAUUCAUACAGGAAGAGAGUGAUGACAGAGAGACAGAUACAGCAUCAGAGAGCAGUUAUUCCCUUGGCAGAAUCAAGAAGAGUCCCAGCUCUCUAACCAAUCUUAGUGGCUCCUCUGGCAUGGCCUCCUUAUCCUCUGUAAGUGGAAGCCUGAUGAGCAUCUAUAGUGCAGACUUUGGCAACGUUGAUGUGAAGGGGAACAUCCAGUUUGCUAUUGAUUAUGUGGAACAGCUGAAGGAGCUCCACAUUUUCAUUUGCCAGUGCAAAGACUUGGCAGUGGCAGACGUUAAGCAUCAGCGUUCAGACCCGUAUGUAAAGACCUACCUGCUUCCAGAGAAAUACAAGCUGGGCAAACGGAAGACUUCUGUCAAAAAGAAAACUUUUAAUCCAGUCUAUAAUGAAAUACUGAGGUAUAAAAUUGAGAAGGAUCUCCUGAAGGACCAAAGCCUCAAUAUCUCUGUGUGGCACAAUGAUACCUUUGGGAGGAAUAGCUUCCUUGGUGAAGUGGAGCUGGAUUUAGGAACUUGGGACUGGGAUGAGAAAUCCAACAAGCAGAUCAACUGGUUUCCACUCAAGCCAAGGACGUCAGUGAUGACUCUUAAACUAGAAAACAGAGGGGAGAUGAAACUGGCCCUCCUGUAUGUCCCACACCCUGCUGGAGGGAAGAAGACUCUUCCUACUGGUGAGGUCCACAUCUGGGUGAAAGAAUGCCAUGACCUUCCUCUUCUGAGAGGCAACAGGCUCAACUCUUUUAUUAAGUGCACCAUUCUGCCAGACACCAGCCGAAAAAGCCGCCAGAAAACAAGAACAGUGGCAAAAACUACAAACCCCAUAUUCAACCACACCAUGGUCUAUGAUGGCUUUAGACCAGAAGAUUUGAAAGAAGCCUGUGUAGAACUCACAGUCUGGGACCACAACAAACUGGCCAACCACUUUCUGGGAGGUCUAAGGAUAGGCCUUGGAACAGGCAGAAGCUAUGGGACUACAGUAGACUGGAUGGAUUCUACUUCAGCAGAAACUGCCCUCUGGGAGAAGAUGAUGAACUCGCCAAACACUUGGAUAGAAGACACGCUACCUCUCAGGAUGUUAAUGGUUGCAAAGUUGACAAAAUAAGGUGGCUUUUUAAUUGCUAGUAUCAAAAAGAAACCUUGGGAAUGAAAUUAAAGGUGUAGGGGUGAAACUUGGAAGAGGAACACAGCAGGUCUUUGACAGUCUCUGCUCCGUUGCUGUUCUGGUUUUGUGCUGUCAAGUGUCACUUCAUAUUUCAAAUUAAACAUCUGCCUGAAGAUUAUUAUGUAAAUUUA